UAAGCGAAGCACAGCAGAACGCAACUCGCUCCUCUUUCUCCUCUUCCUUGUUCGAUCCCAAUAGUUAUCAGGGCGCUGGGAUCUUCGCUCAGGGUCUCGGAAUCGAGGAGGUUUACUCGAUAAUUCGUUGGAGCGGUUGGUGCAUUCCGCGUCACUGUGUUGCUCCCGUCAGUGACUUUGAUCAGGCGAGCGAUUUUGAAGCCCUGUCGAUUAUGUGAUGGGCGUUUGAUUUGUGUUCGAUGGAGCGGGAGGGUUGAGUGAUUGUAUUCGUUGCGGCUGAAGGCAUGGCGGCAGCGGCAGAUCAUGGGAGGGCAGGCAACGUCGAGAGGGACAUCGAGCAGGCUUUAACUGCAUUGAAGAAGGGAGCAUACUUACUAAAGUACGGGCGCAGAGGAAAACCAAAAUUUUGCCCAUUCCGAUUAUCCAAUGAUGAGUCCAUGCUGAUAUGGUUUUCUGGAAAAGAGGAGAAGCAUCUCAAACUAAGCCAUGUGGCUAGAAUCAUGCCUGGACAACGCACUGCAAUUUUUCAAAGAUAUCCCCAGCCUGAGAAGGAAUGCCAAUCAUUUUCUCUUCUAUACAGUGACAGAUCACUGGAUCUCAUUUGCAAGGAUAAAGAUGAAGCUGAUGCCUGGUUUGCUGGAUUAAAAACAUUGAUAUCUCGUAGUCAUCAGCAAAGACGGAAAACAGAAUCUAGAAGUGAUGGAAUAUCAUCUGCUACAACAAGUCCAAGGACAUACACACGCAGAAAUUCCCCUUUGAAUUCCCCUUUUGGUAGCAACGAUAGCAUGGCUAAGGAUGGCAGUGAAACUCAUCGAUUUCGAAGUCCAUAUGAAAGCCCAACAAAGAAUGGACUAGACAAGUCAUUUUCUGAUGUCAUUGCAUAUGCUGUACCUGCAAAGAAUUUUUUUUCUUCUGAUUUUGCUACUGGGUCAGUCCACUCUUUAUCUUCUGGGUAUUCAGAUAGUAUAAAUGUGCGUACUCGGGGCAUUUCUACGGAUGCAUUUAGGGUAAGUCUCUCAAGUGCAGUCAGCUCAUCCAGCCAAGGCUCUGGUCAUGAUGAUGGAGAUGCUUUAGGGGAUCUAUUUAUUUGGGGUGAAGGAACUGGAGAAGCAAUUCUAGGUGGUGGAAGUCUUAGAUUUGAUAAUCAUUCAGGUGUUAAAGUGGAUUCUCUUGUGCCGAAACCUUUAGAAUCUGCUGUAAUAUUAGAUGUUCAGAAUGUUUCUUGUGGUGGAAGACAUGCAGCUCUUGUAACCAAGCAAGGAGAGAUUUACUCUUGGGGUAAAGAGUCUGGAGGUAGGCUUGGGCAUGGAGUAGACGUUGAUGUAUCUCAACCAAAACUAAUUGAUGCUCUUGCAGCCACAAAUAUUGAACUUGUUGCCUGUGGGGAGCGUCAUACUUGUGCUGUUACACUUUCUGGUGAUUUUUACACUUGGGGGGAUGGUGCCUCUGUUUUUGGGCUUCUUGGUCACGGAAAUGAGGUGAGUCACUGGAUACCAAAAAGGAUCAAUGGACCCUUGGAGGGAAUCCAUGUUUCAUCAGUUUCUUGUGGACCUUGGCAUACAGCUGUUGUAACUUCAGCUGGGCAAUUGUUUACUUUUGGGGAUGGAACUUUCGGUGUGCUAGGUCACGGAGAUUGCAAAAGUGUAUCAAUACCUAGGGAAGUAGAAUCUCUGAGGGGAUUACGUACAGUUCGUGCUGCUUGUGGUGUUUGGCAUACAGCUGCAGUUGUAGAAGUAAUAUCUGGAAAUUCAAGUUCUAACAACUGUUCUUCAGGGAAGCUGUUUACAUGGGGUGAUGGUGAUAAAGGACGACUUGGACAUGGUGAUAAAGAGAAUAGACUAGUGCCUACUUGUGUUGCUGCUCUGUUUGAGCCAAGCUUCUGUCAAGUUGCAUGCGGACACAGCUUAACUGUUGCACUUACAACCUCAGGCCAUGUUUACACCAUGGGAAGUGCAGUUUAUGGUCAACUUGGAAAUCCAGAAGCCGAUGGUAAAUACCCUGUGCGUGUUGAAGGGAAGCUCCUUAAAAAUUUUGUCGAGGAGAUCUCCUGCGGUGCCUAUCAUGUUGCUGUCUUAACUUCAAGAACUGAAGUGUACACAUGGGGUAAAGGAGCAAAUGGUCGAUUGGGACAUGGUGAUACUGAUGACCGAAAUUCCCCAACAUUAGUUGAAGCUUUAAAGGAUAAACGGGUCAGGAGUGUAGUUUGCGGCACUAAUUUUACUGCAGCAAUUUGUAUUCACAAGUGGGUCUCUGGAGUUGAUCAGUCUAUUUGCUCAGGCUGUCGCCUUCCAUUCAAUUUUAAGAGGAAGCGACAUAAUUGUUACAAUUGUGCACUUGUUUUUUGCCAUUCUUGUAGCAGUAAGAAAUCCCUUAGGGCUUCUAUGGCACCAAAUCCACAUAAAGCAUAUCGUGUAUGUGACAACUGCUUUAUGAAGUUAAACAAGUCCUUGGAAUCUGAUUCAUCAUCUCAUUCUGCAGCUAACAGGAGAGGAAGCAUAAUUCAGGGAUUGACUGAAAUGGUUGAAGAUGAUAAGUUGGACUCAAAAUCAACUGUGCGAUUCCCUAUGUUUUCUUCACUGGAGUCUUUUAAACAAAUAGAAAAUAGAUCAUCUAAGAAGAGCAAGAAGUUUGAAUUUAUUAGCAGUCGUGUAUCACCAAUUCCAAAUGGAACUCUGCGUUGGGGUGGCCUUAAUAUUUCAAAAUCUUUCAAUCCAAUAUCAGGACCUUCGAAAAAGUUUUUCUCUGCAUCUGUUCCCGGGUCAAGAAUUGUUUCUAGAGCAACAUCACCUGUUUCAAGGAGGCUUAGCCCCCCUCGUUCCACCACUCCAACACCUACACUCGGUGGACUUACUUCUCCAAGAAUCCUUCCUGACAACUCAAAAAGUGGAACAGAUACACUCAGCCAAGAGGUUAUGAGGUUAAGAGCUCAGGUGAUGAACCUUUCUCGGAAGGCCCAUCUUCAAGAAGUUGAGUUGGAAAGAACAACUAACCAGUUGAAGGAGGCUAUUUCAAUUGCGGCUGAAGAAGCUGCAAAGUGUAAAGCAGCCAAAGAAGUAAUCAAGUCACUUGCUGCUCAGUUGAAGGACAUGGCUGAAAGAUUGCCAGCAGAAGCAGUUGCAACUUAUAAACUCCCUCCUUGGGCAUCCUUCAAUUCUAGCCCCACCUCAAGUGGUAUCUCAGCUGCAGCUGUAGAACGAUUAAGCAGCUCGUUAAGUUCUUAUGAAACAGAUGCAAACGGUGCCAGUGGUGUGCUAAUUCCCAAUGGACCAAGUUCCACUGGUCGGAAUAAUGUAGAUAGUUCCGCAGAAAGAAACGGAGCCAAAGUAAGUGAUCCGGAUCCCAAUCAUGAGACUGAAUGGGUUGAGCAAGAUGAACCAGGAGUGUAUAUUACUCUCACUUCUGCCGGAGGUGUGAGAGACCUAAAACGGGUUCGCUUCAGUCGCAAACGGUUCAGCGAGAAGCAAGCAGAACAAUGGUGGGCUGAAAACCGUGCAAGGGUUUAUGAGCAGUAUAACGUGCGGAUGGUUGACAGGUCCUCCACAAAUGCUGCAACUAAUGAAACAUCCCAUUGAAAUUGACUUGGAUAACAUCUUCUAGUUUGGAGUCAAGCCAAAAUGGGGAUGAGAAAGUUCUAACGUAAUCAAAUUAGUCCUUGUAAAUGAUGCCAGUUUUUUUUUACACCCCCAGCAAAGAUUGGAGGGCCUGGUUAUAAAGAGAAGUGGUUGUUAGUCACCAUUUUUUAAAAAAACAAAGGAAAAAAAAAUCGAGUAUUUUGGGAAUGUAAAUCCUCUAUUGGUCAGUUUGCUUGGAUUGUGCAUUGUAUGAUGUGCAGCACGAUCUAACAACAAUUGAGCAGUAGGAUCACAUGACCUGAUGGAGAAUCCCACAGUGCUUGCUCAGAAUUAUGGUUAGGAGCACUGCUAAGAGUUGAAAUUGUGCCUCUGAUACAAUGAAUUGGAACAGAAGAAAAAACUAACAAUUCCUCCUACAUUUUCUUGAUGGAUUUUUCAAUACCAUGAAAACUUUACCAUCUCGUACUGUUAAUAUGACAUAUUGAAUUUCCAUGGAGCUUGCAUGUAUUUUUUUUUUGGUUGUCCUUUAAUGAGUUGGCAUACUGUGUGAUGACUUCAUAACAACAUUUACUUUCGAACCUUUGCAAUCAAUCUCUCAUGACAAUUAAGCUUC